GCUUUGACUAGUGAACAAAUAUUGAUCUGUCAGAUUUGCUGGUCACUUUUGGGAAACUGGUCUGGCCAUUGCUUCUGUUCAAUCGCUAUUAUUCGACAAGCCGGUGCGAUUAUUGCUUGACGUGACCAUGCUCGUCACAGUAGCUACUGCUCUCCUGGCCCUAAGCGGCACUCUGGUCAGCGCCCACGGUUCGCACUCGAAUGACCAACCACCCUCGUCCGACUGGGCAACACGGCAUAUGCAGGAGGAACAUCACAUCGAUGCCUUCGAUCCCGCCUCCUUCUUCUCCCUCCACGAUUACGAUGCCUCGGGAGUCUGGACCCCCGAGGAAGUACGCAAGACAUACGGCAUGGACGAUGAGUCCAAUGCGGAAGUGACAGAGGAUAGCAAGUUGCAAGGUCUCCGCGAAGUCUUCAGCAUCUUUGAUCCCACCAACACGGGCGUCAUCAGUCGCGACAACUGGAUGCGGCUCAUUGCGGACGGAGCCCGGCUCCCUGACCUUGGACUCGGACCGGGCCACCAUGGUGACAUUGAAUAUGAAUAUGAGAUCCAUCACUUCGAAAAGUUCCACGGUGAAGAUGCAAAGGAGGAGGAUCUCACUCACCCCGAGGAUAUCGAACACUUCCGGAGACAUGAUGAGGAGGAUCUUGCCAUGGAGCGCCUCGAACAGCUUGAGAGUAUGCAGAUCGUGGAGGCGAACAUCCCCCAAAAGUUCCUCAAGCGGAGCUGAAGAUCUGUACUGUAGAGUUCUUGCGCUGUUGCCACUGUACUGUACAUAUGUUUCAUGAGAUGAUCUUGAGCGUCGAUUGCAUCACCCGCAGGUUGGGGUUCAUGGAGUAUUGGUGUGCGUGGUUCAAUUGCCACGAGUGUCGGAAGCUUCUAUCUCUUCUCUUGAAGAUAACCGCACAUCGAAGACGCAAUGCAUCACCCCCGGCGCAUAAGUCUUGACCUGCUCAACAUGCCGACACCUAGCAGCAGCAGCCACCUUUUUGGCCUCUACUUCUAAGACUUCCAUUCGCAGCCUCCCCAAUUCCGCGGUGACCUCGUCCUUCUUCUCCUUG